CUCUUUUGGAGCAUUUGAGCUGACAAUUCGUAACGCAUGUGAAGAACAACAGGAAAAGUGAUGAGGAAAAAAAAAUUUUAAAAAUCAGUGGUCAGAAGAGUCGGAGAUACUGAAGAUGAAAGCUGUUGAAAGGGCCCACCUAUCUACCUAUGCAGGAGGAAAGUGUGAAGUGAACUGAGAAGUGGCAGCAACAAGGAAAGUCACAGGGAAGAGGAGAAGAUGGAGACGGCGGAUGAAAGAAAGGAAAUGGAGGAUCUCAGAAAAAAGUGGGACCCUUUCCUCCUUAAGCCAGUCAUUGACGAAGAGGAGAAACCGACGACGUUCCUCCGCCUUUUUAACUAUGUGGUGUGCACGGUGGUCGGGCUGCUGGUUUUCGCCUUCGGUUUCUUCAGUAAGGCUUCGCUCCUGCUGAUGAUCACAGUGACCGACAGCGACUCCAGCACGGUGCUCAACAAGCCCUUCUGCAGGCUCAUCCUCGGCUGCAUGCUGCUUGUCCCCAACGUCCUGACAUUUGUGAAAAGUCUGUGGAAAGCCAUCUUCAAAACCUCGGAGAUGCCCUCCAGACCGGCCAUCGCUUUCGUGUGCCUGGUCGACGUGCUUGUCGCCGGUGGGACGGCGGUUCUCAUCGUGAUCGCCAUGCCUCACUUCGACAUUCUUAACAACACGAUGAUACUGAGUGGCGUCUGCAUUCUGCCCGCGGCUUUCCAAGUGGCCCAUCAGUUUCUGGGCUUUAAGCUGUGGACCUUCCUAGCCUCCCUGCUGUCCGUGUUCCUCAUUCUCACCGGUUAUAUUGCUUUCUUCGUUGACUGCUUUUUGCAAGGAAAGAAAACUGACAGCCAAAGCCCUGGCAUUAUGGUGUACGCGGGCAUUGCCAUUGCCUGCACUUUACUGGUUUCCCUGAACUGGUGGGAGAAUUUCACCGCAAUGCUGCCCAGCAAACACCUGAAAAGCAUUCAAGGAAGCCUCCAGAAGUCCAAAAACAUGACAUACCUGCUGUCGAGCUGCGUGCGCAUCGUAGUCACUGGCGCCGUGGUGGGCGGCUACACCUACGCCACAGAGGACGGUCUGUUCUUCACCAUGCCUUACAGACUGGACAUCACCCUCAGCCUGUUCGUCAUUCAAGUGGCUGCCUCAGCGCUCUGCCGGUGGUUUUCGGUAAUCGCCUCCAAAAUUCAUGCAUUCAGGCGCUGCUUUGCCUUCCCCAUGGUCCUUAUGAGCCUGGCGGUCUUGGCCUUCUUCAUCAUCAUCUUCAGCGAGCGCUACACUCAAUUCCAGCAGGACAUCGGCUGCUUCAACUGCUCCCUCAGCUUGUACUGCCAGCAGUCAUCGUCUUACAUCGGGCACGGCGUGAAGCAAGCGGGCGAGCUCUUCAGGGACAUCAGCAACAAUUUGUGCAACAAAACAGGCAUGGCAGACCAGCAGCAGGUAUCCCUGAUCCUGAUUGGGGUGUCGUCUUUGAGCUUCUGGGCAGGACUGGUACUCUCCACCAUAUACGUCUGGUUUACCAAGUUCCAGAGGAUCGAGAGGACGUCAAAGCUGUUUGUGAGACGUCUGUACGAGGCGGCGUUCAUCGACCAGUCCAUGCUGCUGAACGUGCGGCUUUGCCAGACACAACCAGAGGAGACCUCGUCUACCAGUGAAAGCAGGGAGCACGUCGUGAUCUACCUGUGCGCCACCAUGUGGCACGAGACCUACGAUGAAAUGCUGAAGAUUCUCACCUCCUUGUUCAGGCUUGACAAAUAUCAGCCGAAGCAACAGUCGAGGCGCAACCAGAUGAGUAUCGAGGCCCACAUUUUCUUUGAUGACGCAUUUGAGAGAAGAGAGCGGAAACUGAACAAAUACGCAGUCAACCUGGUGGAAGUCAUUCAAGAAGUGUACCGAAUUUUCAUGGAGGAGGAGAGCUCCAUCUUCAGUCAAGACUACGAAAUGCAAAGGCAGAAGAUGGUGAGGACGCCUUACGGGGGUCGCCUGUGCUACUCGCUGCCCAAGGGUAACAACCUCUACGUCCACUUUAAGGACACCAGCAAGAUCCGGCAGAAGAAGCGCUGGUCGCAGAUCAUGUACAUGUAUUACCUCCUCGGGUGGAAGCUCACCAAGAAGUACUUUGACAAUAAAGACAACGGCGACCUCAAAACCUUGGAGGAGCGACUGCAGAAAGAAAAACACAACACCUACGUCCUGGCCUUGGAUGGGGACACGGACUUCCAGCCAUCUGCCCUGAUGCUGUUGGUCGAUCGUCUUCGGAUGUACCCGCAAGUGGGCGCCGCAUGUGGACGGAUUCACCCGACAGGGAUGGGGCCCAUGGUGUGGUACCAGAAGUUUGAGUACGCAGUCGGCCACUGGCUUCAGAAGACGGCCGAACACGUCUUUGGAUGUGUGCUCUGCAGUCCCGGCUGCUUCAGUCUGUUCAGGGGGUCGGCGCUCAUGGACGACAACGUGAUCAGGCGCUACACCACCAAGGCCACCGAGGCGGCCCACUACGUGCAGUACGAUCAGGGUGAGGACCGCUGGCUGUGCACCCUGCUGCUGCAGCAAGGCUGGCGAGUGGAGUACAACGCCGCCUCGGACGCCUACACCAACUCCCCCCAGGAGUUUAAAGAGUUCUACAACCAGAGACGCCGCUGGGGGCCUUCGACGCUGGCCAACACCCUGGACAUUCUGAACACGGGCACGCAAAUCGCCAGGAGGAACCCGUCCAUAUCGAGGCCAUACAUCGUCUACCAGAUCAUUUCAGUGGUUUCGUCCAUCCUGUCACCAGCCACCGUCUGCCUGAUGAUCGCAGGCGCUUUUCGGUUCGUGUUUAAGGUGGACCCAAACGGAUCCCUUUGCUUAGCUCUGCUCCCGGCUUUGGUGUACAUCAUCAUUUGCUACAACAUGAAAGCUGAGAUCCAAAUAAUGGUGGCCGGCUUCCUAAGCGUCCUCUACGCAUUUCUAAUGAUGGCCACAAUCAUCUCCAUCAUCGGAGACAUAAUAAGUGAGCAGACAUUUUUGACUCCCACUGGCAUCUUUUUAUUUUCUUUGACUACCAUAUACACGGUGACGGCCCUGCUGCAUCCACAGGAGUUUUACAUUCUACUCUAUGGACUUCUCUAUAUCAUCACCGUCCCGAGUGCUUACCUGCUGCUGACCAUUUACUCCAUGGUGAACAUGAACAACGUCUCGUGGGGGACCAGAGAAAAACAAACUCCCGAAACGAGCAAAAGGCGCAGCACAUCCAAAGGGAAAGAACAACACAAAAGAAAGUGGAGCUUCUCCUGCUGCAACUUGGGAUUUCAUGUUAGCAAAAAGUCGAAAGAGAUGGCAGACGAUACAGAGACUGAGCAGCUAAUCGAAGUUAAAGGCGCUGAGCCAGCAGAAGACCUCAUGGAAAUGACAGACGAUGAAGAAUGCUGGAAGCGUCAGCUGCAGAGCUGCUCUGAUCGCGUCGAGUUUGACGAAGUGCCCCUCGACGAGGAUGAGAUGCUCUUCUGGAAGGGCCUGAUCAAGCAGUACCUGUUUCCCAUUACGGAGGAUGAGAAGACCAAAGAGAACAUCAUGAAGGACUUGCGAUCCCUCAGAAAUAAGACCAACUUUGUUUACUUCAUCAUCAACUCUCUGUGGAUUGUGGCCACGUUCUUUCUACAACUGAUUGGAAAUACGGUUGACAUCGAAAUCCCAAAGAUCUACUUCAACGGAACUAGAGCUGCAGAUGCCAUCUCGGUGGACCCCAUUGGAUUCAUGUUCCUCCUGUCUUUCGCCGGACUCCUGAUCGCCCAGUUUAUGGCCAUGGCUUACCACAGGCUGUACACAUUUAUUCACCUCAUAGCGUUUAUCGGAACUGAAUCAUCUGGCCCUAAAGAAGAACACAAAUUGUCGAAAAUCAACUUUUAUGACCCCGACAAGCUUGAUUUUUAGAGACCCCAAUGCCAGGACCUCCCGUCUGUCGCUCCUCACACCUGCAGGUCUCUGAUUCUCUGCUCACGCCUGACAGCAGCAACCCAAGAAAACUCAAGAGAUGACCUGAAAGUAUUUAAAAUGACUAAAAACUUGAUGAGCGUUGUAUUAAUUUAACCCAAAAAUGACCCCCCAAAAAAUAAGGAGAAACAUGAAUUGAGAGAUGAGAGAAUCCUGAAGAAGAAAUGCGUGCCAAAGUCACAAAGGGUGCACAUCACGUGAAGGACAUGUGGCUGGCCAGUCGUGGGGCCAGGGGGUCAUCACUUGGUGGAACGCAGCAGGCAGCCAGAGAGCAAAAGACAAUGAAGAAGAAGAAGAAUCAGCGCCUCCGUGAGUUUCUGGUGUGUGACGAUUGAGUUUUUACUGUAUAUAUGGAAGCACAUUUGUAGAUGUUUGUGUAUGAACUACUGUAUUUAUUAAAGAGUCUCUGAAGUUGA